CAUUAUUUUCAGUUCAGCGUACAAUGCAGAAGGCAGGGUACAAUCUAUAAUUUAUAACUGUUUACAUAUAAUGGACAUCGAAUUUAAUAGCAUCAAACUGGUGCUUGCUAAAUGUGCAUGAAGGAAAGACAUGAAUAAUGAAUAUGAAGGUGAAAAAGGUGGAGAAACAGACGGAGAUAUAAAAGUGACUACAAAUAGUCAGUCAAAAUAAUAGUGUGGAAGUGUUCUAGCUGAAGAAAUAUUUUACUUAAAACGUAAUAAUAAUAUCAAUAAUACAUAGCAUAAAAUGACCAAUAAUAAAAAUCAUAAAAUAAUUUAUAAGUAAAAAAUUCAGAAAAAAACAAAAUAUUGUAAAGUCAGGAAACAAUAAAUCAUUCAGUCCCCAAAAAAUAGCCAAAGCAGUACAGGUACUUAAAAAUCUUAAAGACACAAGAAAAAUAACAAUUAGUAGCAGAAGGAAUUCAGCUGUUAACUCUUGCUCUAAAAUUUAUAUUUACAGCUUGUUAACUUUUAAAAUAAUGUUGUUGUUUUUUUUUUUGUUGUUUUCUUUUUCUGUUCAGAUACAGAUCUGUCUACAUUUUCUGUUCGCUCCCAGAAGGGAAGUCGCGACCCGAUCACGUGUCUGUCGUCUGCCACAACGACUCUGUGCCCAACCUCCUACAGAUCACUUAUCAGUACAAGGGACCUCACCGCUAUCAGUUCUCCAUGUGUGUGUCCCCUGUCUUCUGCGGUUACAACAUCUGGCGACAGUCGCUGGAGUCGAUGGAGAUGGCCCGGAUGUUAGGAGUGGAUCACGUCAACGUCUACGUCGAGAAAGCGGGACGCAACCUGACCCGGGUUCUGCAGUACUACGUCGAUCAGGGUUUCAUGAGUGUUUUCCCUUGGAACGACAUCCCUUCUAAUGUCCACGCCCAUGCGCAGGUAGGCUGCAUGCACGAUUGUCUUCUGCGCAUGCGCUACGUGACCAAGUACGUCGUGUUCAUCGACCUCGACGAGCUCAUCAUACUUCGCACCAACAACACGCUGAGAGAGAUGGUGGAGCACGUGCUGAAACAGACAAAGGAUGCCGACAAGGUGGGAGCUAUCAUGGUGAGGAACUCCUUUUUCCACCACGCUCCUCAGGAGAAGAUCAACAUCACUGACACUUACCUGCAGGCCAACCUUACCAGAGGGCUGUUCACCAAAGCUCGUCUCUACGACCUUAAAAGCGUUUUGAUGCAGUUUCGUGGGAAGGCGUGGAAACCGCCGCAACGCUGUCGAACCAUCGCCGAUCCACUGAGGGUGGACACGAUGGCUGUUCAUUAUCCACAGACGAUGUUCGGUAACUUCAAGGUGAUCGUGGUGGACCCCAAGAUUGGCUUGUUGCACCAUUAUCGUUAUGGGUGGCACAAUGAGGACACAGUAAGGGACACAACUGCUCACAGGUUAACUCCCAUUCUUGUCAACAGACUGGAGGCUGUUUAUAAGCAGUUGCCUUGAAACCUGCUGAUGACCAUAGGAGAUAACAAAGUGAUUAGUACUUACGUUAUAUCACACCUGUGUAUGAUACCUAACGUUGAUGCGAACCCAAAUUGAUAUAAUUAUUUGUAUGUAGUUGAAUAUUUAUAGUCUCUUCAAAAAUAUUACUUAACACUUCUCGCAUACAGGACCUCUGUGAAAGUCAUUGUAAUUGAAAAGUGGUCAAAUGUUUGUCCAUCUCUCUUUUGACAGAUUUUAAAAUAUAUGUUUUCUUUCAGGGAGUCAAAGACAUUCCCGCCAAAGGUUUCCCAUAUGUAUAUUUGCGUAUUGUCUUGGCCUGUGACGUAUGACAGUAACAUGUGCUCUUUGGUUUCCUUACACCUACAUUUUCAAAAGCUUUAAGUGGACACCUUCUCAUAAAAUACCCAUAAAUGUUACUGCUGUGUCACAACCUCAUCACGCGGGAUUGCGAAGCGUUCUUUCUCUCAACUCACAAACGAUCAAUCAGCAGGGAAUUUUUCCAUAUUAUAACAGUUUACAGAUUAACUAUUAUGGGUUUUAGCUAUCAUUAUAAGAGUUGACAAAUAAACAAACACUUUUACACAUGCAAUCCUCAGGUAAGGCCACGAGGGAUAAUUAGCAUAUUACUCCAGACUCGCCCCUCUCAAUCUCUCAGUUUCUAAGUUUGAUAUGUCGGCCGGCGACACUGCCACAGGAAUCUCAGGAAUUAACUCUCUUCAUUCCCACAAAUAGUUAACCCUCCUCAGCAGGUUAGGGUUAAACGUGAUCAAAUAAUGUCUCAAGCACGCACAGAGAGAGAGAGACUGAGUGGGUCGGUGGAAACGAUGGCCGUUCACCAUCCAGAGACUAUGUUCGGUGACUUCAAGGAGAUUUUUGUGGACCCGGAUGUUGGCCUGUUGCACCACUAUCGUUUGUGGAGGUACCGUGAAAACACAGCAAGAUACAUUCACUCCACAAGUUUACUCCCUUCCUCGUGCGAAGAAUCGACAUCAUUUACAAACAGUUAGGUUUGCCAGGCAUCCCAGAGACUAAGAAAACUUUGACUGUCCAUGUCCUUUGUUUUAAAGGGAAAAGGUCUUUUAAAAAAGGGUUAGUAAAACCUUUUGAAUGCAACAGAAAAUUAAGAUUUUAUAAUAGGAAAUGUAGUGAUAUGUGAAUGUUUGAGAUCAAAUAUGACCUCAUUAACUUGCUAUCAUUAGACCUCAAGUAGCACGAAGUUUUCCAGUUUAAAGUGAAUUGGAAGUAAGUACAUGUGUCAGUGCAUGUCCUGAUCGCCGCAGAUUUAUACUGAAUGCUCUCCCUUGACAUUCAUGUUCUCUCCUUCCUACCCCACCCACUCCAAUUUUGUUCUUCGCUCCCUUUCUGAAAAGUGAAAAAAGAAACAUUCAAAUAUAAAAUGUGUAAUACGUUUCUCGAAUAUCCAUAUAGGGCUAGAUGUAAAAAAAAAACAAUAACUUUUGCUUUUUCUGUUACCUUCGAUUUGUCAACAAUAAGGUAAAAAAGCUUUGUUCCACCCUGGCUUUCAUUUUGUCAGACAUUCUUAAAACCAUAUUGAAACAUAUAUAAUCAAAGCUCAAAGUCCAAAAAAGUUUACUAAGAACCCUCAGAGGGCAUGUUGUUCAGUUUACUUUGUUAAACUAUUAAAAUUAUAGUCAAGGUAAUAACCUGAGCAUUUUGACUAUGUGCAUAGACGCCACACAACUGGCAGACGAUAAACUAAUCAAAGGGACGUAAGCCACAAAAAAAGUUUCGCCUGUUAUCUCCCAUGUCUUAGUGUUUUGUUAGUUUCCUGAUCCGCACUGAAAACUU